AUGCCGCAGAAGGCUCCGGCUCCCUCCACGAGUACAGAAGCGUCGAAUUCUCACAAGUCUGGUAUGAGGCCUCGGACUACAACAUCACGCCCACGAACCGGUAGGUCAAGACCGAGGACCGCGGCGACCUCAACUGGCUAUGGCGAGAAUGAUAUCGUCUGUGCCAUCAGCGAAUCUCGUGGCCUCUCACCAACUAUCGGUCUUUCUUUCGUCAAUCUCACUACCUCUGAGGCUGUCCUCUGUCAGUUCACUGAUACCCAGACAUAUGCUCGGACCUGUCACAAGAUCCAUGUCUUCAAUCCCUCUGAUAUUUUGUACAUGUCCGCUGCCACCGAGUCCAAUCUUGUUGCAAUCAUCGCAGAGAAUCUCAAGGUCGAAGAGAAUGGCAUGCUCCUAACAGAAAUGAACCGCAAGUACUGGGUCGAAGGCUCGGGUCACGAGUACAUCCAGCGACUCGCAUUCCCAGAUGAUCUAGAGUCUUUGAAAGUCUCAGCUGGAGGAAACUUCUUCGCAACGUGUUGCUUUGCUGCAGCUAUGAACUACGCGGAGCUAGCCAUGAAUGUCACAUUCGCCCCUCAGACCCUGCGCAUCCGUUUCGAGUCUUCCGAGGGUUCUAUGAUGAUAGAUCUUUCCACCAUCUCCUCACUGGAAUUGAUACAGAACCUGCAAGAUGCGAAGUCGAGAGACUCUUUGUUCGGCCUGAUGAACCAGACAUUGACAAAGAUGGGUGCUCGGAUGCUUCGCAGCAGCAUUCUUCAGCCCUCUACAGAUGCUCGCAAGAUUGUUGAACGAUAUGACGCAAUUGGAGAGCUAGUAAGCAGGGAAGAGAUGUUCUUUGCAGUCCGAGAAGCGCUCGCUGGUUUCGUCGACACCGAUAGAUGUCUCUCGGCCCUCGUACGUCUCCCUACCCAAGUCAACUUCGAAUACAUGGAGCAGUCAGCGAACAAUGUGCUCAUGCUCAAAACAUUUGUCGAGUCCAUCAGGUCAGUAUGGCAAGCUCUAAUCGGCGCGGCAAGCAUCGAGCUAAAGAAGAUCCUCGAGGAGCUGAUCAAGUACGCGAUUAACGACGAUGUGGCAUAUGCUCAUCAGGCCACUGAACUCCGCAACCAGCGAGUUUACGCUAUUCGGGUCGGGGUCAAUGGUUUCCUCGAUGUUGCUCGUACGACAUACAAAGAGAUCAAUCAAGAUGUCGUCGAUAUGACAGCGGAGCUCAGCGAAGGGCACAACCUCGGCUUGGAUGUCAAAUUUGACACAGCGAGACAAUUCUACCUGCGUGUUCCUGCUUCUGAGUUCGAUGAUCGGGCAAUGCCUGAUGUUUUUGUAAACGUGGUUCGCCGCAAGCAGUACAUGGAAUGCCAGACCCUCGACCUGAUGAAGAUGAAUCAGAAGAUCAAAGACGCUCAUAGCGAAGUCAUCAGCAUGUCUGAUAAGUCCAUCCAAGAGCUCAUUGACAACAUUCGCACCCGAAUCCACUCUCUUUUCAAGAUCUCGGAAGCCAUUGCACUCCUAGACAUGCUAGCAGCUUUUGCUCACCUCACAAGUGUCUACGACUAUGUCAAACCCGAGGUCACCGGCGCCCUCGCUAUCAAGGCUGGACGACAUCCAAUCCGUGAGAAGAUACAGUCUGCCACCCACAAACUCAUCCCGAACGACGUAUAUGCCACAGAGCAGAAUCGAUUCCAGAUCAUCACUGGGUGCAACAUGUCCGGAAAGAGUACCUACAUCCGCUCCAUCGCCCUCAUGGCGGUGAUGUUGCAGGCUGGCUGCUACGCACCGGCCUCAUACGCGUCCUUCCCAAUUUUUCACCAGCUCUUCGCCCGCGUGUCGACUGAUUCGGCUGUGGAAGCCAAUGUUUCAACAUUUGCCGCCGAGAUGCGGGACACUGCCCAUAUCCUACGCAACAUUGAGCCUCGCAGCCUCGUCAUCAUCGACGAACUUGGUCGCGGCACAUCCACGACCGAUGGUCUCGCCAUCGCAAUCGCAAUCGCCGAGGCUCUGAUCGAGAGUAAAGCCUUUGUCUGGUUCGUCACCCAUUUCCGAGAUCUCCCUCGCAUCCUGGCCGAGCGUGCUGGCGUCGUCAAUUUACACUUGUCAGUCAACUUCUCCGUCGAUGAGAACGACCCUGCGAAAACGAAAAUGAAGAUGACGUAUAAGAUCUCAGACGGACCCAUCCCGGCAGAAAACCAAUUCUACGGGCUCGCGCUGGCCAAAACGAUCCAGUUACCCCAGAGAGUCGUCGAGGUGGCGACGCAGGUGAGCGAGGCGUUGAACAACAGGAAUCAGGAGAGAAAGAGCAGCACAAAGGCAUUGGCGGUAGCGAGGAAGAGGCGGCUGGUUCUCUCUUUGAGAGAGCAGCUGCUGCAAGCGAGGGAGAGUGCGAUGAAGGGCGAAGAGUUGAGACGCUGGCUGAAGGCGUUGCAGGACGAAUUCGUAGUCAGGCUUCAGGCCAUUGAGUGGGAGGCCGAGGACAGCGACAUGCCGCGAGGCGAUCCAGAACUGGCAUCUCAGGUAAGUCCCCGCGCACGUUAUUCGGCAUCCUCCGCGCCGCUAGAGCAGACGGCGGCGGCCGCGUCGGGACUGGAUGCGACGCGGGAAAAUAUGGAAGAUCUCAAGAGCGAGGUAUUCGAAACCGAGUCGGUCUCAGACGCCACUGCUAAUGCUCAACUCCACCAAGAUAUGAGGAACGUCGUUCGCGUCAAGCACGAGAGGCUCGAAGAGAGGCAGCAUGACAUGGCUCGCCAGCGGCCGCGGGAGCCAAUACCGUGGGGCGGUAGCGGCGAUACUGGAUCUGAUGCUAUUGUCAUUGAUUCGGACGACGGGGGAGCUUGA